CGAUCACCAUCAAAUUAUAACACAACCUCUUCUAGCUAGCUAGAACAUCAUCAUUAACUAUAGCUCUACGUACAAUGGCAGCUGUGCAGUUCAGGUUAAUCGUGACGACUUCCAUCCUUUUGGUGGCCGCCACAGUGCUAUCCUCUUCAGCGACGAUCGAUUCGGCCGUCGCUGAUCUGCACUCAUCAACAGCAACCAUGACAGGGUCGUCGAGAAAGGUGGAGCCAGAGCUGUCGAUGGAGUGCUGGGGGGCAAUCUUCAAGGUCCCCAGCUGCGUCGGCGACAUAGCCAAAGUGGUGAUGGGUGACGUCGGAGCGAUCUUCGGGUUAGGCAAGCCUUGCUGCAAGGCCUUCCUGUCGCUGACUGACGACUGCAAGAUCAAGGUGUUCCAGAACUUGAAGUUCCUGCCCGUCAUUGAGAGCUUCUGUGCUGCCAUCACCGGCGGCGGUCCUCCUGCUCCUCCUCGUUCCGCUUGAUGAUUAGUAACUUUUAAUUAAGACUCACAUCUCGUUGAUUAGUAACUUUUAAUUAGUCAUGGUAUCCAAGGGAUAUGCAUGGAUGCUGUUUGUUUUCUUUUAGGGUUUAGUUUCAGAGGAAUAAAUUGGGAAUAUGUGGGGGAAAGAAAUGCAUGUUUUCUAAUUCAUUUGUAACUACUUUAUCCGAUCAAUGUGUUCAUUUUAAGAAGUCAUUGUUUUAUCGAUGGAAUAAUAAUACACACUAAAGAUUUGAUAUCGAUGAUUAAGGACUCUCUUGAUUAUAUUCGAGGGGGGGUUUGGUAAUCGAUAUUGCGCGUAAUGUUUGUUCUCACUAUUUGAGUUAUGAAUGUCGAGAAAACCAACUCAAAAUACCGAGGCGAAUUUCGAGCUCUACAUGGAAACUAGCCUAAUUAUCAUUCUUCUAUUAUACAUUUUAUUUCUGAGAACAAAGACUAACCUCUCAAAACUACUCAAAUUAUUGAUACUAGUUUUUUGGCCCGCGCUUUGCAGCGGGAAGAGUAAUUAUACUUGAAAUUUCCUCCACUUAUUUAAUGAUGUAGUAAUUCAUAAAAUUCGAGUAAGAUAUCACUAUAUGCGCUUAACAUAGUAUCUAAAUCAUUAUGAAUGAAUUAUGCCAUCAAUUUGUUCAAAUGAUACAUAAGAAAUAUCUAUUACUCCAUAAGUUUAAGGUAAUAUAUUUGUAAUUUACGUAACUGUUAAUGAAGGAUGUUAUGCAAAUAUUCCAUAAUGUGUGGUCUAAUAAUAAAAUUAAGUUAUGAAAAGUAUCACAUUUGAUUAAAUUGUCAUGUAAAAUUGAACUAACAUUGUGAAAUAUUUUCGUAACGUAAUUGUUAAUUAAAUUGGGCAUAAGGAAUUGAAGCUAUUGUGAACAGUAAUUUAUUACUUACCUUGCUCCAAUUUAAACUGUCAUGUAGAAGUUAAUUAACAUUACGAAACCUUUUCGUAAUAUAAAUUGAUGACAUGGUGAAUAUUUUAUUUAAAAAUGAAAAACAGUUAGUCAAUAAUCAAGAAAAUAAAUUGUGAAGAAUGUCACAUUGAUUAAACUGCCAUAUGAAAAUAACAUUUGUGUAAUCCAAUUUGAUGUGAUAGUCAACAGUUUAAUUAAUAAUAAAUAAAUUUUCAUUCAAACUUAUAUUAUGAAGUACUUACGUAAUAAGUUUAUUUAAUUAAUACAUAAUAAAUAACUAUGCAAAUCCUAAUCAUUACGGUGGACUUAUGUAUUGUGUAAUUGAUACAUAAGAAAUAACUAUCAAUCCAUAAGAUUUGCAUACUGUAUUCGUAAUGUACAUAACUCUUAUAGAACAGUGUUACGUAAAUCUUUCGUAAUGUGUGGUCACUUGAUACAGUUUAUAUAAGACUUAUGAUGAAAUUGGUUAUAGGUAAUAAAAACUCUUGUGAACAGUAAAUUUUUACUUACCUUGUCCCUAUUUUUUCGUAUGCAACAGUAAACUGUGGCUAGGCAUGCUUGGCCUUUUAAUAUAAUAAAAUAAUGUACGUAACUCUUAUAGAACAGUGUUAUGUAAACUUUUCAUAAUGUGUGGUCACUUCAUAAGAUUUACAUAUUGUAUUCGUAAUGUACCUAACUUUUAUUGAACAGUAUUACGUAAAUAUUUUGUAAUUUGUGGUCUAACAAUAAAAUAAAGUUGCGGAAAAUAUCAUAUUUGAAUAACGUUUACUAUCUGGGAUUAAGUGUAGGAGAUAAAAUGCUACGUAAAAAAAAGUGAUCUUGCAAAAUUAUUGUAUUAUGCAAAUAGAAAAGAGCUUAUGGUGAAAUUGGGUAUAGGAAAUAGACCCUCUUAUGAACAGUGUCGCUGGAAUUUUUUUUAAUUACCUUGCCCUACAUUUUCGUAUGCAACAGUAACUGCUGCUUGGGCUUUUAAUAUAUAAUAAUAAUAAUAAUAAUAUAAUAAUAAAUUUAUUUUGGGUGACCAUUGAUGAUCGAAGAAAUACCAAUUGAAAAC